AUGCACACGUGGUCCCUCGGCGUCGAGGAGCAGUUUUACGUGAUCUUCCCGCUAAUCGCCUUCGCGUCGCGCGGGCGGUUCUGGCCGCUCCUCGUUGUCGUCGUCGCGUCUGCGGCCUACGCGGCGACAGCAGAGGCGUCGAUGGCCUUCUACCUCAUGCCGGUGCGCUUCUGGGAGCUCGGCGCGGGCGUGCUCGCGUGGCACGCGCUCGAUUCGCCGCGCUAUCGCCGCGACGUGCUCCUGGCGCGCCUCGACCGCGCGGGCGCGCUCGUCGACGCGGCCGCGGGCCUGCUGCUCGUCCUAGCCGGCGUGUUUUCGCGACCGGGGCGCGGCUGGCCCUUCCCGGACGCCUGCCUCGCCGUCGCCGCGACGUUCGUCGCCGCGGGCGCCGCGGGGAAGGCGCGCGGGCGCUGCGGUUCGAGCCUCGCGCGGUGCGCGCGGCUGGGCGAGCUCAGCUACGGCAUCUACCUCUGGCACUGGCCCAUCCUCACAAUUUGUUGCUACGCGGACGCGCCAAAGGCCGCGGCCGCGUGCGCGUGCGCCUUCGGCGCGCUCGCGGCGGCGGCGGCGUCCUACGCGACGCUCGAACGGGCCGUCUCCGGGCUCAGAAACCUGAGGACGAGGUGGCUCGCCGGCGCCGCGUGCGUGGCCCUCGCCGCCGCCGGCGCCGCAACAGCCGCCGCCGCGACGGGCGCCCACGGCCGAAGCUCCGGCGGCGGCGACGCGUAUCCCUACUACUAUCGCGCCUUCCCGACGUGGGACGCGUACUACGCGUGGCGCGACUCGCAGAGUGAAUGGCAACCCAUCCACCCCUGCGUCCCGGAUCGCGAAUCCUACAAAUGCCUCCCGAGCCUCCUAGUCAUCGGCGCGUUCAAGGGCGGGACGACGGCCCUCCGCUUCAAGCUCCUCGCGUCGAAGCAGUUCUUCGGGCCGACCGGAGAACAUCACUACUUUGCCGAGGAGGAAAAGUCGGUGACCGUUCCGCGCGCGGUGGAAGCUGCGAGGUACGCGAUGACCGUGCCCAGGGCCGUAUUUUUGAGGAACGAAUUCGUGGUCUUCGAGGACAAUCCGCGCUACGUGGACACGCUCAACACGCACGAGCUCGAGUUCAUCAGGAAAGUGAUCCCCGACGCGCUGAUGCUCCUCCUCGCGCGACCCGGCGCCGACGUCUGGUUCUCGGCGCUCGAAAUGAGCGCCGACGACUACCGAGACUGUUCUCCGCUCCUCCCCUACGGUGAUCGCUACUGCGACGUCGGAGCCGUUCGUGCCGCCGCCGACGCGCGCCAGAUUCUCGACGAGGGCUCUCAACGCGCGGCGGCGAUGGAGCGGGACUGGGCGCGCGGGGACGUGAUCAGUCUGCGCGAGCGGGCGGGCGUCUACGUCGCCAAGGGCGGCUACUUCUACGCUCUGCGCCACCUCUGGCACACCUGGCCGCGCGAACAGACGCUCGUCCUCGAAUCGGCGGCCGCUAUGAAGCGGCUCGUAUCCGAGUGCGACCUGAAGAUGCCGUACCGCUGCGCAUGCUUCCGGUCGACGGACGCGGCCACGACGAAGCCGGAGAUCACGAAGAACACGUCGACGCCCGCGAAGCCGGCCGGGUACGACGUGGAAGGCGACGACCGCCGCUACGGCCGCGGCGCGGAGGCCGUCGACAUCCGCGCGGAAUCCUAG